AUGUCCAAUAGCUUUGCACAACACGCAGCAGCACCUGUGGAUCUCCGCGACCAAGAAGUCAAAGAAGAGAUCAGAUCCUGGCAGAAGCGGGAGACACGCUACUACCUGCUCAAGGACGUGAACUCGGCAAUCGACUACGCGGCACAUGAGCUGGAGCGCAUCGACUUUAUUUGGGGCCGCAUCCGCUUGGACCGCGAUGCAUCGUCGCCGGCUAUCAAAGCUGACAUUCGUGUGGAGGGCCACCUCGUGGUGUUUGGCCGGAUAGAAAUCAAGCUCACCAAAUCCCAGCGCAAUGCACCGAUCAUCAGCACACUGCAGCAGUAUUGUGUGUUGAAUCAGAUCCUCGAGUUCCACGGUAUCGUGCAAAGCCAAAUGGGGAGGCUGGCGAUACUCAAGGAGUUCUUACAUGUGCAGCGUCAAGAUCUAAUGAAUGAACAUUCUAGCAAUGAGGACGUCGAGAUGUACGUGGAGAUCGUGCAGCACACGUUCCAGAGUCUAGAUCGUAUCUGCCAGGAGCUCCGCAAUGCAGCAGAUGUCCUGCGGCUACCCAGUUGUCGUCGGUUCCCGUACUGCUCCCAUGUCGAUCACAGCUUCAAGCCUGCACUUCCACACGAGGUCAUUGUUGACUUCUCCGUUCAUCGCGGCGAAUUGCUGUUGGAGGCUUUCGGAAUAAAGGCUACCCAAAAAGCGAUUACGAAUAUCCCGGGUGGCUGUGCAUCGAGGAAGGAUGUUAUCGGUUGUGUUUGUGCCUUGCGGGGCCAAAAAGUCGAGAUAAUGGAGUAUGCACGAAUUUCAGUGCCAAUCCCGCAGCUGGAGGAAAUACUGGUCCAUCUCGACAAGCAGGUCGCAUGGCUGGUACACGUUCGAGAUAAUGUCAGGGCACUACUCGACUGUCAAGACCAGUAUAUAUGA